UUUCCAACUACUGGAGCGAUAUCAUCAGCAAUGGCCGGUGCACUGGAAAAUUACGUGAACACCGUCCAGAACUUAUCAUCACAGGGUAACUUUGCCCAGUUAUGUGAGUUUAUUGGUAAGAGUGCUGAUACAUUAGCCAAGAAUGCCAGUCACCUAGACAACGUGUUAGCUACACUGGACAUCCAACAACACUCCCUUGGAAUUCUGGGAAUCCUAUGUGUGAAGUACAACAUGCCGAACAUUCCUGAUUUUGAGACGUUGUUUGUACAAACUCAGGAAUUCAUCAACAGUUGUAAUGGAGAACAUGUACGAUACGCUACAGACAGUUAUUCAGAUUUGUGUCAUAAGCUGACGGUUAAUCUUGUGGAACAAAAACAGCCAAUGAGAGGCAUCAGUAUCCUGACAAAGUCCAUCAACAAAAUACAACUAUUUGAGUCUCAGCUAACCUCUAUACACGCCGACUUGUGUCAGCUCUGUCUUCUGUCUAAGAAUAUGAAACCAGCGUUACAAUUCCUGGAUGUCGACAUCACAGACAUCAGUAAAGAGGGAGGACAUUAUGAUGCUAAGGAUUUCCUACUUUAUUAUUACUAUGGUGGAAUGAUCUACACGGCCCUUAAAAACUACGACCGAGCACUCUAUAUGUAUGAAAUUGUGGUCACAACUCCAAGCAUGGCUGUCAGCCACAUUAUGUUGGAAGCCUAUAAAAAAUACAUCCUCACAGCUCUCAUUUUACAUGGAAAAGUUCCCAAUGUUCCUAAAUACACAUCACCAGUUGUUGCCAGGUAUAUUAAACCCCUGUGUCAGUCGUACCAUGACCUAGCUUCUAUUUAUGCUUCAAACAAUCCCGCAGAUCUACACACAACUGUAACAAAACAUGUGGAAGUUUUUAUAAGGGACAACAACAUGGGCCUGGUUAAACAGUGUAUCACAUCAAUGUUCAAAAAAAAUAUUCAACGACUUACCAAGACAUUUUUAACUUUAUCGUUAACUGACAUGGCCAAUAGAGUUCAACUUUCUGGACCGAAGGAGGCUGAGAAAUAUGUCUUACACAUGAUUGAAGAUGGUGAAAUCUACGCUACAAUUAAUCAAAAAGAUGGCAUGGUUCGCUUCCAUGACAACCCUGAACAGUACAAGAGUGCCGCUGUGUUAGCCCAGAUAGACAAAGAGAUGCAGAAAUGUAUGCAACUAGAUGAGAAAUUAAAGGAGAUGGAUCGAGAAAUAGAGGUGAACCCACAAUAUGUACAAAAGAGUUCAGGAAUGCAUGAAGAUGAAUUACCUGGAAGUUCUACCAAGGGUCAAGGAUAUUAAUGGAUACUUAAACAAUGGUGCAAAUGUACUCAAAAUGAGACAUUUAUAUCAAAAGUGAUACUCACUCGGAUAUGGAAGUUACAUAAAGAGAACAAAAUUUAACAAUCCAUAGAAAGUGCUUAUUCAGUGUAGCGGGAAGACUCCGAGGAAAGAAGUCAUUAUGAGUUAGUCAUUGUUGCUCUGAGGGAUCAUCAUAGAUCUGUAAUCAACAAGUUUGUUUGUGUUAGCAAUGACCUGUCAGAGGUGAUAAUCAUAGAUAACAUAUGUUGAUGUUCUGUUGUGGAACUAAAGAUUUGUAUUUUUACAGAUUCCAUUGCUGCAAAUUCCUCAUAUUGUCAUUAGUUAUUUACAAGUUCUGGUACACUGAUACUUUUCUGGGUGUCAGAUACAUAUAUGCAUACAAACCUGUAGAUUUUGGAUACAGACACAAGAUAUCUGCUAUCCCAUAGUGCUACACUAAGUGACAAUUGCUAUACCACAGUGCUACACUAAGUGACGUUGAAGUCUGGAACUACAUUAUUCUAAUUCAAGACUUUGAAGUGCAUUUAAAAUGACAUAUAUUUGCAUUUGGAAUUCCGUUGUCAAGUUUUAAGACUUUUUUUUUUAAAAGAUGUCCCAGAAACGAGUCGUGAUGUAUACACAAAGAGUAUGAAAAGUCUUCUGUUUGGUCUAGUUGCAGAACUUUCCGUAGGUUUUGAACUUCAGUGCUACACCUAUGGGUACAAGUUCCCUAUCUACAUAUAUAUUUAUGAGAGGAUGAUUUCAUAACCACAUACAAAUGGAAUUAAAAAUAAAAAUUUCUGUGAUACAAA